AUGUCUGGGGUUUGGGUAUUCAAGAAAGAAGGGUUUCGUUUAAUGGAAAAUCGUAAGGCAGAGGGGAAGACAUGUAGUUUAAGGAGAAAGGUGUUGGUUUACUUGCCAAGCGGUGAAGUGGUCUCUUCCUACACUUCAUUGGAACAAAUUUUGAUGAGUUUAGGGUGGGAGAGGUACCAUGGAAGAGACCUUGAAUUGUACCAAUUUCACAAGCAUUCUUCCACUGACCUAAUUUCCCUUCCAAAGGACUUCUCCAACUUCACCUCUGUUUAUAUGUAUGAUAUAGUCAUCAAGAACCCUAAUGUCUUCCAUGUAAGGGAUAUCUGA